CCGAGUUCAGCCGAGUUGAGCCGAGUCCAGCCGAGUUGAUGUCCGUAUAAAAACGAACGUUAGCUGUCGAGCUAACAGGCUCUCUGUUGCAUUUGUCGCGUUUCUAGUGUAUUUUGUAGAGCGACCAAAGAGUGAAACGUUACAGAUCUCACAUCAUGGACAGCGAAAUGUCUGACGUCGACCACGCACCAGGGCCUGAGACCAGCAGUAUGGAGGGGGAGAACGCACCGCUGUACUGUAUCUGCCGGAAACCAGACAUCAACUGCUUCAUGAUUGGCUGUGAUAACUGUAAUGAGUGGUUCCACGGCCACUGCAUUAACAUCACAGAGAAGAUGGCGAAGGCAAUCCGGGAAUGGUAUUGCACGAAAUGCAGAGAUAAAAACUCCUCACUGGAAAUAAAGUAUAGAUCGAAGAAAACCAGAGAGAAGGAUGUUGAGCAAGACAGAGGAUCUGACAGACAGUACAGUACCCCGAGUACUCCUGACUAUAAGAGUGAAAGGCGGCGUGGAUCUAAAGUGAAGCGUUCAGUUCGAAUGUGUGGGGAAUGUGAGCCCUGCAGGAGGACUGAAGACUGUGCCCUGUGUGACUUCUGCAAGGACAUGAAGAAGUUCGGAGGCCCCAACAAAAUCAGACAGAAGUGCAGGUUCAGGCAAUGUGAGGUUCGAGCCAGGGUGAUUCUGUGUAACAAACCAUCUGCUAGGUCAGGUUACUUGCAAGGUGCCAGUUCAAAAAAGAAAAUGCUGCGUGUGAAGGAAGAGGAAAUGGCCUUGCAGGAAAGGAGCGACAAUUCCUACCACAGACGGAGACGAUACUCCGAGGACUAUGACAGCGAGGCGGAUCUCUACCGGCAGUACAAGGCUGCGGGGCUUAACAGCAACAUGGCAUGGAAUAGUGAUGAAAGUGAUGAGCCGCCUUUCAGUCCCGUCAUGCGUAAGAAAGCUGUGAAGGUGAAGCACGUCAAGAGACGUGAAAAGAAGUUUGACAAGAAAUCUUCUAUUUUAACUAUACAGAAGGAGUCAAGGCGCCACAAACAGAAGCAGAAGCACAAAGACAAAACCAGGUGCAGUGAGAAGGGCGAGCUCCGGGACAACACCGGACAGCGUCAGUGUCUGGGGCCGAGCUGUGUGGGUGCAGCGAGACCCAACUCCAAAUACUGCUCCGAGGACUGUGGCAUGAAGUUAGCUGCCAACCGGAUCUACGAGAUCCUCCCUCAGCGUAUCCAGCAGUGGCAGCAGAGCCCCUGCAUUGCCGAGGAGCACGGUAAGAAGCAGCUGGAGCGCAUCCGUCGGGAACAGCAGAACGCCCGGCUGCGCCUCACGGAGAUGGAGCGACGCUUCCACGAACUGGAAGGCAUCAUCGCCAAGGCCAAGCAGCAGGCGGUUCUGCAGGACGAGGAGGUGAAUGAAGGUGAGAGCGAAGACACAGACCUGCAGAUCUUCUGUGUGUCUUGCAGUCAUCCCAUCAAUCCAAAAGUGGCGCUGAGACAUAUGGAGAGAUGUUACGCAAAGUAUGAGAGUCAGACUUCCUUUGGUUCCAUGUACCCUACAAGGAUAGAAGGAGCAACCAGACUCUUCUGUGAUGUGUACAAUCCCCAAAGCAAAACGUAUUGUAAGAGGCUUCAGGUUUUGUGUCCAGAACAUUCCAGAGAUCCUAAGAUCCCAGUGGACGAGGUGUGUGGGUGUCCUCUGGUGAAGAAUGUGUUUGAGCUGACUGGAGACUACUGCAGGGUCUCUAAAAGGAAAUGCAACAAACAUUACAACUGGGAGAAGCUCAGGAGAGCAGAGGUGGACCUGGAGCGAGUCAGGGUGUGGUACAAGUUGGACGAGCUCUUUGAACAGGAGCGUAACGUCAGGACUGCUAUGACCAACAGAGCCGGUCUGCUCGCUCUGAUGUUGCACCAAACUAUCCAGCACGACCCUGUGACGACCGAUCUCCGUAGCAACAAGGACAGGUAGUCGACCUGGUCCGUGCCCGUUCUCUGAUCUGUGGAUCACCGUACGCAACGUGAGAUCUGAGUGUUAACGAUUUAAACGAUAACUACCCAUUUGGAUGAAAACUGAUUUUAUAACUAGAUAAUUAUUUUAGAAUCUUUGUAUGAUAAUUAAUGUAAGAGGUAAAUGGAUAUAUAUUUUUUCCUGACUGUGGUAGAUGAACUGCUGCUGAUUGAAAACAGCUGUUUUUGGUAUGAUUGCCCUGAAUAAACACCUUCAACUUGC